GAUCUUGGUCUGACAACGUCUUGACGUGUCAUCGGGGGACAGUGAGGGAAGUUUCCGAUCUGAAAAAUGUCUCUAGUUUGAAACAGGCUCACGGUGCAUGUAUGAAAGUCAGCCUGGUCUAAAGCCAUGUCCCCGCUGCAGGCUGUGUGCAGGUCAACAUGCAGUGGAGGAGACACGUCACUGGGCUCGCCUUCAGUCUCGUGUUCGUUGUGUCAUAUUUCACUAAUAAGUUUGUCCUGUCGGUGUUAAAUUUCACCUACCCAACUUUAUUUCAAGGAUGGCAGACAUUUAUCGGCGCUGCUCUGCUGCUUCUCUCUGGGAAGUUUGGAUGGGUGGAAAUGAGCCACAUCACCAGAUCAGCUGCUCUUUCCUGGAUUCCAGGCUCCUUCCUGUUUGUAGGGAACAUAUAUGCUGGUUCGAGGGCCUUAUCACGUAUAGACAUUCCUUUUUUCUUCACCCUUCAGAAUUCCUCUCAUGUUGUUAGUUACAUCAUCUUAAAGGUCGUCCACAGAGAGAAAACACAAUGGCUGAAACUGAUCGGUAUAAGCUUCAUGCUGCUCUCAUCCAUCAAUCUCCCCGUCUAUGAUCCUCAGUUUGACUACAGUGGCUAUGUUUGGGCUGUCGGUCAUCUGCUCUGUGUCGGUGCAUACAGGGUGUUUCAAGUUCACUACAAAUCCAGUAAUUUGAGUGACCUUGAACAACAGUGCAUUAACUAUUUGUUCAGUGUACUGCUGCUGGCCAUUGCCGCUCACCCAACAGGUGACCUCAUGGGUGCCUUGGAGUUCCCCUCCCUUCAGUCCUACACAUUUCACUGUGGCUGCUGUGCCAGUGCACUGCUGGGUUUUUUGUUGCUGUUGGCCACAGUCAAACUAAAAAGUGGAUUGUCCCUCGAGCACUUUGGAGUCUGGAUUUUUCUUGCAAAGGUUACUGCCAUGUGCCUCUCCCCAUUUAUCUUCCACAUGGACAUUAAUGCUCCAUCUCUAAUUUGUAAUUAUGCUCUCAAGGUAUGUAAAGCUGUCUACCUCCUGUAGUUGGCUUAGAUUAUUGGUGCAUCGCUCUUGUUGUUGAUUCUCGUGACUUUUGCUUUUGAUGUGCUGAUCUUGAGUCCAAGUGUAGCAGCAGUUCUUGUUAGUUUGUGUGCUUUGUCUGUUGGUGAGUGUUUGUAAGUAGUGCUAUAUCAUCAGCAAAUCCAGAUCCCCUAGCUGUUUGACCAGGCUUCUAUGUAUGCUGGUUUUGCGGUUGUUGGUUACUUGGUACUAGUCCAGUUUACACAGGAAAAUAGAGUCCAGGUUGAAAAAUGUUGAAGUUAUACUUUAAGUCUAUUAAAGUUCAUGUUGCAAUGCUGGUUGGUUGUCAAGGUGUCUGUCCUUGCGGUUUUUCAUGUACAUUGUCAUAUUUACUUAAGCUGGUAAACUAGUCCUCCUUUCUAAGAUUUUUGGUUUUCAUUUAUGUUUCUGUAGCAAAUGUUUUUACAGGUUGGAUUUGCUAACCUCAAACCCAACCUUCCACCAUUUCUGGUGUGUUGUGGAUUUGGUUUGUUAGUCUGUUCUUGCCCGUUGUCCUCCAGGUAAUGGAUUACAGUCUCAUACCACAUGGAACCAGACCAAUUGGUUCAUGUACAAGCUGUCGCUGCACUAUUUUAGGUUAAGUGAAUAAAAACGUGAAUAAUAAUUACUAAAUGUUUUUCACAUCAGCUGUCCUUGGUUACAUUUGUCUAUCAUUAUUUUACACUGGGACUAAAUGGGUCUCUGUCCAUAAACCAUUAAUGAAUUCUGUGGGGGGGGGGUUUCUUCUGUUU